UUGCAUCGCGCGCAGUUUAAAGUACAUACGAAUCAAACAAAGGCAGCUCCUGGCAUUGAGAAGCCCCACAAAGGAUACACACACACACAAGGAAUCUGAUAUCCCGCCUGCGUCUUGUUCACCGGAAAGCCGGCGCCAUUGUGUCGCCCAGCCGUCUACGUGCCUUGUAGAGAUUUGUAGCCUUAGCAUUCCAGCGCCAAGUAAUCCAAUACUAUUCCUAACUAUGUCAGCACCCAUGAAAUUCAUAAUUGCUGGCUUUUGCCUGUUGGCCAGCGCCUACAAUAUUAAAGCACAUGAACAUCAACAUUUGCAAUGCUGGCACUGCAGCUCGGACACCAUUGGAGCGGAGGACUUUUGCGAUGUGACCUUUCAGGAGGAUAACAUACCCACGGAUCUUAUCAAGGAGCGCAACAUAAAUCUGCUGCGCAGCUGCAACAGCAGCAUCAACUCGGAUCACGAGCGUCCCGUUUGCCGCAAAACUGUGGAGGAGUAUAAUGGCAAGAUCAUAACCAAACGCUUCUGCUACUACACCAACAAGUCGGAUCCCGUGGAGCUGUGCAACGUGACCACUCCGGAGAAGAAUGUGCGACGAAUAUUCUGUGAGGAUUGCCUCACAGAUCGCUGCAAUGGCUCCACACGCCUCGCCGCCCUCUUGGCCGUCAUUUUGCUGCCCGCUCUGGCCUUGGGAAAUCAGUUGGCCAACUGAGCGGCAGUCGCUUCAAUCGUAUCUCUAUUUUAGUUAGAACGUGAUAUUUUGUUUAGCCCAAAUGCUAAGCCAUUUGCUGAUUAACUUUAAUAAUUUACUUAGUUUAGUUUUAGGUGUAUUAUUCCUCUGUAGUCCUUUUAUGUUAAGCCUGUAUUUUAAUUUAUUAUUUAUAGAGAUAUUUUCUAAUUCAUAAUUUGCCUUAAUAAUUUUAAAUAAAACAAUAAAUGGAUAAACAAAUUAGUACUAGCUUAGCUUAACAGGAGUAUUAACUACAACCACAACAAGCCACGCUCUAUAAAAGAUAUACCCAUAAAUAAUAAUAAUAAAACUAUGAAACAAUAUUUUAACUGUACAAGUCAAACACCGCAUGCAUUCUCAAAUGUAUUUAUCACAGUUAGAUAAACAGAAAAAAACACAAC